AUCGUUACAGCAGUAAAUUCACACCAACUACCAAAAUCAGGCUUUUCUUCCAUCAUUGAAUGUGGGCUAGCUAAUUUCAGCAUUGCACCCCCUGGUAUUUAUAAGCAGCAACAUAUGCUAUCUUCUUCCAUAUACUUUCUUCAUACUGAAAGCUCUUGGGCGUUUGCUUACAAUGGCACUUCGUUCAGUGAUCACUGCAGUACUCUUCUUCCUGUUGGCUCUCGCUAGGAUUCAGCUCUCAACAUGCCAAGUUCUCAAGGCCAGAAUCUCCUGCCUUGACUGCAAUCAUGAUUAUGACUUCUCAGGUAUCAAGGUUGCAGUGAAGUGUGGUCAAGUGAAAAAAUUAGCCACAGCAACCACAGAAGAAAAUGGUUCUUUCCAGGUGGAGCUUCCAUCAGACAAGUCAAAGAUUUCAGCAUCCGAUCUGAACUGCCUUGCCAAGCUCCUCGGUGGUCCGAACCAGCUCUAUGUUAGGAAGAAAAACGUGGUAUCAAAGGUUGUCAAGGCUCAUGAACUGAAUUCCUACGCCAUCUCUACUCCACUUGCUUUUUCUACUUCAUGCCCUUUGGCUUCCAAAGAUGCUAAAUGUGGUGCUCCAAACGGGAUCGGUUCAUCAAAGACUGUUGAUCUCCCUCUACCCCCAGAGUGGGGCCUUGCACCAUCUAGCUUUUACGUUCCUUUCUUCCCCAUCAUCGGCAUCCCUUGAUCAUCCCAGUGGUUUACAGUUUGCCCUUUAUGUAAUAAUCAAAUAUCAUAUCAUAUAUAUAGUUCUUUGCUGCUAUAUAGAAUCUGUGAGUGCAGACUGUAGUAAGAUUUUAAGUAAUUUCUAUUAAUUAUGUGUAUUAAGAGUGGAGGGAUGGAUCGUGGAUGUGAUCUAUGUUUCUUGUUUAAUAUACUAGCAUUUUACCCUUUUUCUCCUUGACUAUGGCCAUGGGACAUGCCCAUGGAUUAUGAGUAUUCUUAAUACUGUAUUUUGUUUUUAGAUAAAG